CCUCCACCCCGCGCGCCCCUCCAAGUACCUUACAGAUACACGACACAACAUCGCUACCCGUCAACUCACGGCCUCGAACUCCGCAAGCGAAUCAAACCAACACACAGCAACAUGGCCUACAACUUUGUCAGGUCGUACAUCGACACUUUCCGGGAGCGGACCGCCGCCAUCAGCCACACAUCGACCUUCCGCGAGACGGGCCAGAUCACGCCCGAGGAGUUUGUCCUCGCUGGCGACUUCCUCGUCUUCAAGUUCCCCUCAUGGCAGUGGGCGGACGCAUCAUCGCCUGCGAAGCGCGUAUCGUACCUGCCCGAAGGAAAGCAGUUCCUGGUAACGCGCGGCGUGCCCUGCCACCGACGGCUCGACGACAACUUUGCGGGAGAGGCGGGCCAAGAUGAGACCAUAGUAAGGGACGGCUUCACUGCUGGGGAAGGCGCGACCGACGACGACGGCUGGCUAAGGACCGGAGGCAUGGCCGCAAGUCAGGAGGCCAAGGUGCGCGACGUGCGGACGGUCGACGAGAGCGGCAACCUGGGCGCGGCAGAGGAGGACGACGAGAUACCCGACAUGGAGGAUAUUGAAGACGACGAGGAGGCGAUCAUAAGAGACCCCAAAGCCGACUCAAAUACCAAGGCGCCCCUCCGUACAUACACCCUCUACAUCACAUACUCCGCCCACUACCGAACACCACGGUUAUACCUCUCAGGUUACGGCUCCACGUCCGUCCCGCUUAAACCACAAGAGAUGAUGGAGGACAUCGUCGGAGAUUACAAGGACAAGACUGUCACCAUCGAGGACUUCCCUUUCUUCGAGAACCCUCUCAAGACCGCCUCCGUACACCCCUGCAAACAUGCAUCCGUCAUGAAAGUGCUCCUCGACCGCGCCGACGCUGCUCUGAAGCUGCGCCUCGCCAAGCUCAAAGCCGGCAAGGACGUCAGCAAGCUCGACAGCGGCAUGGAAGCGCUAGUCGAUGAUACACGGUUGCUCAAGCUCACUGAGCAAGCGAAGAACAAGGAUGGCGAUGAGGGCAAGGACGACUGGGAGGUUCUUAGCGAGGGUGGUGACGACGAGGUAGCUAUCCGUGUGGACCAGUAUCUUGUCGUCUUCCUGAAGUUCAUGGCCAGUGUAACCCCGGGCAUAGAACAUGAUUUCACCAUGGGUGUCUAAUCAUAGACACGUCUUCUGGGUAACUAGUCCGGCGCUUGAAGAUUGGCGGCAUUGUCAUGGGAUUAUUACUUAACUCAGCGGGCGCGAACAUCAUUUGGUUAGGGGGGCUAUAGGCUUUGGGAUCACCACGGAUUCAAUUAGAAAUAUACCAGUUGUCUCGUUCAGGAUUU